UCCCGUUACUGCUUCAGAGAUGCGCCACAAGAUUUUGGCCAUGAUACGCAACUCGUCUUGUGAACUGGAGGAUAUUAAGGCGGGUGAUAUGGAGCUGUGGCAGAAGUGGGAGACGUGCUGUGCUCGCACUAAAUGGGCAACGAUGAGCUCGGGAAGAAGUACACGGACUAUAAAUACGGGCAGAGCACGCACACAGACCUGCGUACCAGACAAGACAAGCGAUGAAGAUUGUGACCUCUUUGAAAAAUUCUUAGAAAUCAGUAUAUCGAUGAAUUUAAGUUUGGAAAUCAACGUUGCCUUUUGCGAAGUGAUGUGGUCUGGUACAGUUGCUGCUAUGCAACUGUUCGUGAACAUGAAGGAAUCUAUGCGACUUGAAUAUGUCAAGAUGCAGAUUGCUAACAGGAGGAAUUGACAGCUGCUGAAUUGAUUGUUGUAAUACACGACUUUGUGUUUUGUGGUUUUGAUGACUAUUGCUG